AUUUGAUAAUUAGCAAAAUUGUGAUAUAUUAAUCUAAAUUUUAAACAAAAAACAUAUAAAUGGAUAGUUAUUUGAAUUUGGUUAUUCUAUUGAGCAACAUGGCAAUUAUUGUCAGCCAACAAACAAUCGAUAUAAAAUGCAAUGAUAAAACACGUAUUUCAAUGGAUAAAAACAUCAACAAAUUAAUAGUUGUCGGACAAAAAAAUUUGAAAUUUCCUGUAAAUGAGAUUCAAUUGCGCCCAUAUUGUAACCUAGCAUUCAAAACAAUAGAUCAGGUGGGCGUCUAUAAUGAUAAAUGUUUGCCUAAAUUUGGCAGAGACUCGGCCCGUGUUAUAAUGCAUGCAAUAAGCGCUGAGUUGCGGGCCGUUUGCAAGUUGGGUCGUCUAACUAAACGCGCGCGUGAACUGUUGACUGCUGCUCCCUGUGCUAACGCGGGACUCAAAAAUUGGCAAAAAUGCUAUCAAAUACUUGUCACUAAGUUUACCGGUAUUGUCAACGCACCGGCAAAACAACGAUUACCUAUGGGUUGUUGUAAUUUUCAGCAUCUGAUCCAAUGUCUCACAGAUGAGGCCGAGAAUGUCAAGCAAUGUACCCGAAAGACCGUCGACUUUGUCCUUAAAUAUCUAAAUAAAAUGAUUGAUCCGUUGCUUAAUUUAAUAUGCGGUGAUUACGGACAACCCAGCGAUAAAUGUGAUGCAAUGGUUCGGCUCACACCUAAUAUUACGAAAGGACAGACCACUUAUAAGUCAUUUAUGAUGCCACUCAUCAAUCUUGCAAUCAGUAUUGGCGAUGACCCGGAAUUAGAGUAG